UCAUCAGCUGAUGUCCUGAUGACAUUUGUUUGCAUUUGUUGUUGAAACUUGGAUGUCAAAAUAUUUAUCACUUAAAACAUAAACAUUUUGUUAUUGUUAAUAUUUUUCAUUGAUAUAACUACACUGCUAUCUCGAGUACUUAUCAAUAUCAAUUUUAUCAAAGGGUUUAUAUUAAAAAUUAUAUAAAAAUGUUGCAAGUAAAAUUGGAAAGUGGCCAUGGAUGCAAAACAAUUUUCACAGACCCAAAGGGUAUUACACUUUUGGAAAUGUGGAUACACCUAGAAAACCUGGGUUUUUCAAAAGAACAAUUUUAUGCUCUUAAAAAUGGUCGAACUGUUGAAGAUGAUGAGCAACUACUUCAAGGAUCACUGACAAUAUUACCAAAACUUGUUGGAGGUAAAGGAGGAUUUGGUUCAAUGCUUCGUGCAAUUGGAGCACAAAUUGAAAAAACAACAAAUCGUGAAGCAUGUAGAGAUCUUAGUGGACGUCGUCUUCGUGAUAUUAAUGAAGAAAAACGUUUAAAAGCUUGGAUGGAAAAAAAAGAUACUCGUAAAGAAGAAGCUGUUGAGAGAAAAAAAAAAAAAUUAGAAAGAUUAUGUGCUGAACCAAGACACGAGUUUAAAGAUAAAAAUUAUGAACACGAAAGAUCAGUUCUUACUGAUAAAAUUGAUGAUGCUGUUGAAAAAGGUUUUAAAAUGGCUAAAAUUAUUGAAGAGACUAAACAAGUUGCUGGAGCAAGUAAUGCCAAAAAAGGAGUUAAAAGAAAAACAUUCCUUGAUGAUUUUGAUGAAGACAUUGACUCUGAUGAUCUAACAAGCAGUGAUGAUGAUGAUGAUGACAAAAAAAAUAAGCUAAAUAAAAAACCUAAGACAAUCAAUAAUGACAAGACAGAUAAUUCAGCUGGUACAUCAACAGAAUCAUCAUCAUCUGAUCCUGAAAAUGAAAAUAUAAAAAUGUUAACAAAUUAAUCAUUUAUUUAACUAACAAAUAUUGUUAACAAUAAUCUGAAAAAUAAAAUAAUACUUUAAGGCUUAAUUUAAAAAAA